AUGGCGCGCAAGCCACCAGAAGACCCAAGUACUUCUCAGUUCACCGAGGACUGGUCUAAAGAAUUUAGAAGCCACUGUUCUGAUUAUGUCCAGCUGGCCUUUAUCACAUCUUGUCUCUUUAUUUUUGUGGGAGGUAUCAUUAUGAUCUUGAUGGUGAGAGUAAUCCGAUCGCUAUUACAUAAGUGGUCCUUGAAAUAUUCCAUUCACUUUCAGUUGUUUACCAAUAAGAUGAAUUCGCUGAGUGUAUGGAAAGGAAAGUUUCAAGACAGGGUGGUAAUGAUGAUCUCAGCUCAGACAUCUAUAGGCCGUAUUCUGGUAAUACUGGUGUUCCUAUUUAGUAUUGGGUCACUCAUCCUUUACUUCAUCAACUGUUACAGUGUUAAAGAGUUUUGUCUCACUUUUGAAGACCAGACAAUUGUGAUCGAUCUAUUCUUUAAUGUAUUUUUUCUUCUGCAUUUUGGAUUGCGGUUUUUGGCAGCCAGUGACAAGCUAGCAUUCUGGUUGGAGCUUAAUUCCAUUGUGGAUUUCUUCACCAUAACUCCAGUCUGUAUAGCCUUCUAUCUAGGAAAAAAUUGGCUUGGUUUACGCUUCUUAAAAGCAUUGAGAUUGGUGGAACUUCCCAAAAUUUUGCAGUUCCUUCAAGUCACCACUAGUGGUACUGCAAUCAAGCUGUCUAAACUUCUUGCGGUAUUUGUCAGUACCUGGCUCACGGCUGCAGGAUUUCUUCACUGGAUGGAGAAUUCUGGAGAUCCCUGGGUAUAUCACAGCAAUCAUCAAAACUUGACUUACUUUGAAUGUUUAUACUUGAUCAUGGUAACGAUGUCUACAGUUGGAUAUGGAGAUGUAGUGGUCCAAACCACCAUAGGACGGGUGUUCAUACUUUUCUUCAUUGUUGCUGGUCUGAUCCUCUUUGCAAAUUUGGUGCCUGAAAUAGCAGACAUUGUUGGAAGCAGAAGAGUCUACAUGGGCACCUAUGUAUAUGUGAAAGGCAGAAAGUUUAUUGUUGUUUGUGGCAAUAUCACUCUGAGCAGUGUGACUGCUUUCUUAAGUGACUUCAUAACUCAGGACAAAGGAGACAUUGCCUGUGAGAUAGUCUUUCUGGGAGAGUAA